UUUCAAUUCGUUUACUUCGCGAUAAAUUAUUAUUACUUGAAGAUAAACGUAUUUAUUUUUAUUCUUUACGUUUAAUUGUCAAAUUUUACAUUGAUCGCAAUAUCAUUAUUUCUUCGUAAAUAUAAAGUACAUUCUAAUUUACCAUAUAAUUAAACCAGAUUUGAUAUAGAAUGUAUCAGUUUCUAUAUCUAUUGUUCUUUAUUAGCUUAAUAAAUAAUAGUAUAUCAUGGAAAAUAUUUAUGAGAGGUCGAAGUAAAUAUGGUAAUCUAGGUGCUCCAAUUUUAUCUGAAAAUUAUAAACUUCCAAACGAGCAAUGGUUUACACAGUUUUUAGAUCACUUUGAUCCAACUGAUGCACGUGUUUGGCAACAGAGAUAUUUUAUAAAUGCAGAAUAUUACAAAAAAGGAGGACCUGUAUUCUUAAUGAUAAGUGGUGAAGGUACAGCAACUGCUAAAUGGAUGGUAAAAGGCCAAUGGAUUGAAUAUGCUAAGCAAUUUGGAGCAUUAUGUUUUCAAGUAGAACAUCGUUUUUAUGGAAAAAGUCAUCCUACUUCAGAUCUUAGUGUGAAAAAUUUAAAAUAUCUUUCCUCACAACAAGCACUUGCAGAUUUAGCUUACUUUAUAGAAAUUAUGAAUAUUGAUUAUAAAUUACCAAAUAAUACUAAAUGGAUUGCAUUUGGAGGAUCAUAUGCUGGAUCAUUAGCUGCAUGGUUGCGUUCUAAAUAUCCUCAUUUAUUACAUGGAGCUGUUUCUGCAAGUGGCCCUUUAUUAGCAGAGAUUGACUUUCAGGAAUAUUAUAUUGUUGUUGAAAAUGCUCUCAAACAAUAUUCUGAAGCAUGUGUGAAUACAAUAGUAGAAGCAAAUAAACAAUUUCACAUAAUGUUACGUCAUCCAAUCGGUCAACAAGGAAUAGCUAAAAAAUUUGUUUUAUGUGAUCCUAUUGAUUCUGGAUACACUAAACGUAGUGAUAUUUCUAAUUUGUAUGAAACAAUAGCGAGUAAUUUUGCUGGUAUUGUACAAUAUAAUAAAGAUAAUCGUAAUAAUUCUGCAAUGGCUAAUUUGACUAUCGAAAGCGCUUGUGAUAUUUUAACGAAUGAUAGUUUAGGUAUUGCCAUAGAUAGACUUGCAAUUUUAAGCACUAAAAUAUUGAAUGCAUCAAAAGAGAAAUGUUUGGAUUAUAUAUACAGUAAAAUGAUUCAUAAACUUCGAAAUGUAACUUGGGCUUCUGAAGAAGCAGAAGGAGGACGACAAUGGAUGUAUCAAACGUGUACAGAGUUUGGAUUCUUUCAAACUUCUACAGCACGUCCAAAAUUAUUUAGUGAAACAUUUCCAAUAGAUUUCUUUGUGCAACAAUGUAUUGAUGUGUUUGGUCCAAGAUACAAUAUUCAUUUACUGAACUCGGCAAUAAAUAGAACAAAUAUUUUAUAUGGAGCAUUAAAUUUAAAAGUUACAAAUGUAGUAUUUGUACAUGGAUCAAUUGAUCCUUGGCAUAUUUUGGGACUUACGAAAUCAUCGAAUCCACAAAUGCCUGUUAUUUAUAUCAAUGGUACUGCUCACUGUGCUAACAUGUAUCCAUCUUCCAAAGAUGAUCCACCUCAAUUAAAAACUGCCAGAGUAAAAAUCGAAAAUCUCAUCAGUCAAUGGUUGCGUAAUUAAAUGUGAUAUAUUUUUUUGUUUUAUGUGAUACACAUAUUUAUAUAAUAAUAACAAUUAGAUUUCCUAUUA